GGAAGUUUUCUGAAAGCCGAAAUGUUUUCGUGAAUCGGUUGUGAAUUAUUUGCAUUUUUAAUUCAAAUUCUCUGUCAAACAAUUCAAAAUUAGGAUUCUCUGCUAGAAUCAAAGUUAUUGGCUAUGAACCUUGCAGAGAAACGUAAUUUUCAGGAACUGUUUUUUCUACGAAAUUUUGAUUCCUUGAAUCCUGUUUGAGGAUAGAAGGAUUGAAGGACUCACUAGCAUACAUGGACCCUAUAGAGAAUGCUGUUGGUGCCCUUGGGAAAUGGCAAAUAAUGGUUAGCCUCCUCAUAUUCCUGUCCAGGUUUCCAGUUGCUUUCCUUCACAUGGCUAUAAUUUUCAUCGCACCACCGGUGUCCUACGACUGCGUUACGCCGCGGAAUUUGUCUGCAUGUGCACCAGAAUGUAAGGAAGUCCAGUUUGAUCAUUCCAUUUUCGAAGAAACAAUUACUACCGAGUGGAAGCUUAUAUGCAAUAAGGAGCACUUGGCGAAUUUAUCUCAGACUAUAAGUAUGCAGUCACAUGUUGCACUACUGAAGCAAGUCAGUGCCGUAUGCAAAGUGAACUAUGUAAUAUCGAAACCCUUAUAGGAUUGGACGAAGGUUUCCUCUUGUUUUGUGCGUCGUGGCUCAAUUAGUCACGGGAGUAGCUGCCUCCUUUGUUCCCUGGUUCUGGUUGUUCUGCUUACUCAAGUUUCUCUGCGCGUUUACGACAGGAGGAAUCAUGACGACCAGCUUUGUUUUGCUGAUGGAAAUAAUUGGCAUCAAUCGGCGCGCUAUAAUGUCAGUCCUCUUCCAGCUUCCUUUCAAUGUCGGUCACCUAAUCCUGCCUGCCUAUGGAUACUUUCUGCGUCAGUGGAGGUGGUUCCAAUUUGCCAUUUCCUUUACUUCGAUAAUAAUGCUUCCUUAUUGGUGUCUAUUGCCUGAAUCGCCAAGAUGGCUAUUACUUCGUGGCAGAAUUGCAGAAGCUGCGGAAAUACUGAAAAAGGGGGCCCAAAUGAAUGGUCUUCCUGAUGAGAAUAUUGAAGCUGACUUAAUCAAAGAAUCGAAAAAGAAGAAGUCAAGUAAUGCAAAGCCGGUUGCAAAGGGAACCAUUAUAGAUUUAUUUCGAACACCGCCGUUAGCCCUGGAGACGGUCAUUGUUUGUUUCGUAUGGUUUUCAUUUGGUCUUUACUUCUAUGGAUGCGCCCAAUAUAUGGGUCACAUAUCUGGGAACAUUUUCGGCAAUGUUGCCUUCGGAGCUGCAUGCACUAUACCUGCCACUUUGAUUUCGAUACCUGCGCUGCAGUACUGUGGGAGAAAGCUCUAUCUUAUCAUCUCCAAUUCCAUAAGUGGCAUCGCCAUGCUCAUCAUUGCGUGCAUUUCGCCCGACAACGAGGUACCUGUCAUUGUUCUUUCUUCAAUCGGGAUGUUAGGAAUGGCUGCUACUCUGUGUAACGUCUACCUCUAUACCGGUGAACUCUAUCCUACAGUUGUAAGGAACAUAGCAGUUGGUAUUGCUGCGAUGACCGCCAGGAUAGGUUCCAUGAUUGCGCCGUUUGUGGUGGGGCUCAAGAAAACCGAACACUAUCUUCCGCCUAUUAUAUUCGCUGCGGCAACUUUGAUCGGGGCAGUUAUGGUCAUAUGGCUUCCAGAAACACGUAACAGACCUUUGGGAGAGACUAUUGAUGACAGUAAACAACUUUUGGCUAGCACUGAUAAGUUUAAGUUUUCGAACGUAUCUUCGAAUCUUAAUAAAGUGUAAAAUGGAAAAAUCUUUCGUCGAACUGGCUUCAGUAGAAAGAGGAUCGAAUUAUGUCCUUGCCCACCAUAGGAACGAAAUGGCGCACAUAUAGUUAUAAGCGCAUUAGAAUAAUCUUCAGGAUAGAAGAAGAUGAUGCUGAAUGUUAUCUAUGUGAAGUCGUGAUGGAACAAAUGAAGAUACCAAUAAGCAGAAAGGGCUUAGAAAGUUGUGUAUCAUGUUAAGAUUCAAGCUAAUAUUUAAGUUAAAGCCAUGUUUUCAGCAGCGAAUUAUGAAACAACAAUAAAUAUUUUAUAGAAUC